AGCUGGCUGCCCCCACCCUCACUCGGUCCAGUUUCCUGCCCCUCCCUCUGGCUCUCCUCCCUCCAGCUGUUUCUCUGGCAGAGUUUGCUCCCAUUCAGGACCGCAGCCCCGACCAGCGAGGAGCUCGGGACAGACUGAGGUCUCCCCAGGAGCCCCUUCGGGGAUGAGGGUGUCCUAGGGGUCGGGCGGGGGCUGCGCUCUGUGGGAUUCGAGGAAAUAGAGGAACUGCUUUCUGGGCAAACAGCCACAGCUGAAGACUGGUGUGAUCGGGAGAAAGAAGUCAGGAAGCACAGGUCUCCUGCACAGCCUGGUGUGGACCGAAGUCUUGGGGAGCCUUCCGGAAGACCCGGGCAGAUACCAGCCUCAAGGCAUUCUCAGCGGCGCACAGAGGGUGGCUGGACGAGGGCCCACUCAGCAGAGCUUUGGACGCUGGCACAGUGAAUGAGAAUGGGGGACAAGGAUUAUAACAGCUCCUUCCUCUACGAUGAAGACUACCCGGAAGAUCCCGACAUCAUCGUCGUGGAGGACUUUCACCCCCCAGAAAGCGGGGUGAUCACCAUCUUCCUGGUGGUGAUCUACAGCAUUGUCUGUUUCCUCGGGAUCCUGGGCAACGGCUUGGUGAUCUUCAUCGCCACCUUCAAGAUGAAGAAGACGGUGAACACUGUCUGGUUCCUCAACCUGGCCAUCGCAGACUUCCUGUUCAAUGUCUUCCUCCCGAUCCACAUCACCUAUGCCGCCAUGGACUACCACUGGGUUUUCGGGACGGCCAUGUGCAAGAUCAGCAACUUCCUGCUCAUCCACAACAUGUACGCCAGCGUCUUCCUGUUGACUGUCAUCAGCUUCGACCGCUGCAUCUCCGUGCUCCUCCCGGUCUGGUCCCAGAACCACCGCAGCCUCCGGCUGGCCUACGCGGCCUGCGUGGUCAUCUGGGUCCUGGCUUUCUUCCUGAGUUCCCCGUCCCUCGUGUUCCGGGACACGGCCAACGUGCACGGGAAGAUAUCCUGCUUCAACAACUUCAGCCUGUCCGCGGCCAGCUCUUCCCCGUGGCCCGCUUACCCCCGCCUGGACUCCGUGGGGUCCCUCCGGUACAUGGUGGUGACCAUCACGCGUUUCCUCUGUGGCUUUCUGAUCCCGGUCCUCGUCAUCACAGCCUGCUACUUCACCAUCGUCUGCAAGCUGCGGCGCAACCGCCUGGCCAAGAGCAAGAAGCCCUUCAAAAUCAUCGUGACCAUCAUCAUCACCUUCUUCCUCUGCUGGUGCCCCUACCACACCCUCUACCUCCUGGAGCUCUACCACACCGCCGUGCCUGGUGCCGUCUUCAGCUUGGGUGUGCCCCUGGCCACUGCCAUCGCCAUCGCCAACAGCUGCAUGAACCCCAUUCUCUAUGUCUUCAUGGGUCAGGACUUCAAGAAGUUCAAGGUGGCCCUCUUCUCCCGCCUGGUCAACGCUCUGAGUGAAGACACAGGGCACUCUUCCUUCCCCAGCCACAGGAGCUUCACCAGGAUGUCCUCGUUAAACGAGAGGUCCUCAAUGAACGAGAAGGAGACCAACAUGAUCUAGCCUGGCCUGGAGAGCCCCGAGGACGCUCCCAACCUUGGCGUCCAAAUCUGAGGCCUCUCAAGACCGCGGCAGGAACCUCUUCAGCACCCACCAACACCCACUGUGUUUUGCACGGGGCAGAACAGUGUUUUCAGUGGGGUGUCCAGGGCUUGGAACCCCUUCCUUCCAGUGGCAUGGGGGACCUGGAAUGACAUGCAGCUCCCAGCCUUGAACCGGCAACCCAUGCUUCCUGGGAUGCCAGCCUUGACCAACACAAAGCAAAAAAGGGAGAAUUCUCACAAGCACCCCCCUGAACUGUGACCAGCAUGUGACAGGGAGAUCGUGCUACCUACUGUGUGCUCCCCAGUAAUGAUAUGCAUACUCUACACCACAGGGGUGUCAAACUCACUUUCACCAGGGGCCAUGUCAGCCUCACGGUUGCCUUCAAAGGGCCGAAUGUAACUUUGGGACUGUAUGAAUGUAUCUACUCCUUAACGGUUAAGCAAGAGCUCGGCCCUGCUUCUGGGAGCAGAAACAAGGUGCCCGGUUGGGUCAAACAAAGUGGAGAGCUGGAUUUGGCCUGCAGGCCUUACGUUUGCCACCUGAGGGCUACGGGGUCCAUUCCUGGUGUGAGAGAGGAGGUCCGAGCAAGCCAGUGUGACACAGAUCACACCUCUCCCUGCAUGCCCACGCCACGGCCAGCCAGACCCACCACUCACGCCAUCCCUCUGGGUCCGGGCAUGUGGAAAUGCACGGGUUACCGGGGAGAGGAAGGUGACAUGGGCCCAUGAACUCCCAGGACCAUGCACUGGGCUUUCAGAUCCCCUGGGAAGACAAACAACGGGUCCUGAGGGGUCACGGGGGCUCUUUGUGGGGGCGACACAUGCAGGUUGCCUUGAGGAGUCUGGGGAGGAGGGAAAGGGAAGAGGAAGGACUUCCGGUAGCUGCAGCGUGAAGCAGCUCGCCGAGCCCCUCCCUGGGUGAGGGUCUUUUCUGCUGUAGUUAUUCUGGGGGUGGGGGUGGUGCUAGCCCUUCUCCCAACCCCUGUUCUCACUUUGCACUUGCUCUGUUGGCGGGGCUGGGUUGGGGAUGCAGCUUCACCAGCAGCCUCCACCCCAUCCCAGGAUCCCUCUCUCCUUCCCUACCCCAUUCCUGGGGGAGAGGUGAGCAAGGAGGGCAUCUCCUCUUCGUCCUUGCUCACAGCCUUGCCAGGGACUAGUCCAAAAUCAAUGUCAGAAAGCAACCUGGGAGUGCUUCGUGAGCUGCUGAGUGCACCCAAGGGCUUGGUCAAGGUCAUGGAGCCCAGUCCGGAGCCUGACUCCUUGAGCUGUGCCUCUGGGAUGCGGGUCCUGUGGUGUCAGAGGCAUGGAGCACCUGCGGGCAGCCCCUUGGCCUUUCCUCGCCCAGCACAACACCUUCCUGUGCCGCAGAGUCCUUCUCCCUCUUACAGACGACGAAGCCGAGGCUCCAGGGAGGCAGGCAACUCGCCCAGCAGCACACACGCAGCCAGCCGGGGGCUCUGUUCGGCCGUGUAGAGGGCGUGUCUGCUGAGAAUGUCCUAGACCCAAACGAUAGCCGACGUGGGGUCAGCACUCCCUGUGAUAAGCACAUUACGUCUGUCUGCUCCUCCAUCCCUCAGCUGCCCUGAGUUAGGUACAAUUACGUCUCACUUCACUUUUCCGUAUGGGUGUCCAAGGUUUAGCAGCAGGUUAAGCCACUGGAUGGAGGGCCCAGCUGGUCUCUGCCAGAGUCUGGAUUUGAAUCCGGAUCUCUGUCUGGCUCAAAUAAGGCUGCAGAGUCUUAAGGUUUUGAGAGGGGUUGGGGGGUUUGACCAUCAAUAUCUGUUCCUCAGCAGAUUAAUAUAAACAGCUUAGUGGCCUUUAAGUCAGCUUGGCGAUUCGAUUUAGAAAACGACCCAGCACCGCAGAGAAAAUGCGGCUUCCUGGACACCCACCCACACACAUGCCCAUGAGGCUCCCCGUCCUGCACCCCUGAGGCCUCAGGGAGGGCAGUGGGGACAGAGGCCUGGCUGGAGAGAGACCCUCUCGGGCCCGAGGCCCCUGGGGCCCCCCAGGUCUGCAUUCUGUUCUCUUCCAAGUCCCCUCGCUGCGAAGCCGGCCUCCACCAAGAGGCACCUAAACAGAUGUAGCAUCUGCAGAGCGCAGGUCGGCUCCAAGGCCACGGGCUAUUUGAACUCACACCUCAUUAAGAGAUGGACUGUUCCUUCACUUCUUGAGUCCCUGUGCUUGUGACAAGCCAGCUUGGAACUGAUCCCAAGCUGCAGCCUCCAAUUGCUUCCAGCAGUGUGCACUUGGGUGGUUGGGGAGCAGACAGGGGCUUUCAGGGUUGCCCAGCGCCCCCAUCCGCCUCCACCUCCAGCUUCGUGGGGGUGCAGCAACCAUGGCCUGAGAUGGCGUGGGACGCGUUCCAGGUCCCAGAGACAGUCAGCAGCCAGGUGGGCCUCUGGCCCCCGGGACGGGGCUGCUUCCUCGGCGUGGCUGCCCGCCAGGCCGGGCCCGGGGAGCCAGGAAAUCAUCGGGUCUUUGGAAAAGUUGAUGAGCAGGAGCGAAAUCCAAACCAGCUGUUUUCCUCCUUCGGGUCCUUUCUCUGGCCGCCCCGCCGGUCUUCCUGUUCUGACUGUGACAUCCCCUCAAAUGCUUAAAUGUCACCGUGACAGCCUCUUCAAUCUUGUCCCUGAAGCUUCUUCUGGGGAUCGCCACCGGUCGCACAUACAAAGUCCCUGCAAUUCAGAGUGUGUUUGCCUGCGUUACUCCACAGGCAGCCAGCAGGCUUGCCUUGUGCCCCUGAGCCUGGGCUUGGGGGGCCACAACCCGGACCCUGGGGUCUCAGAGCUGCCUCCCGGGUGGGGUGGGUGGGCCAGGGGGUGCUAAGAAGCAGGCAGAGGGACAGGACAGGGGGUGGGGACAGGAAGUGGGGAGGACAGCACAAUGGAAGUGGAGAAUAACGAUGAAGGAAAGGAGCCGGCAU